AUGACUAUUCUCCCAAGCAAAGUGAUCAGCAAAUUACAACAAAACCAACAAAAUGUACGCAACAUAUGUGUCUUGGCACAUGUUGACCAUGGAAAGACAUCGAUUUGUGAUUCUUUAAUAGCGUCGAAUGGUAUCAUCAGUAAGAAGUUGACUGGUAAAGUACGAUACUUGGACUAUAGAGAGGACGAACAACAAAGACAAAUAACAAUGAAGUCGACAGCGAUAUCGUUGUACGCCCAAAACCCUGAACAGACAGAACACUACUUGAUCAAUUUAGUCGACUCCCCGGGCCAUGUCGAUUUUAGUGGAGAAGUUAGUAGUGCCGUUCGUGUAACUGAUGGAGCCAUUGUUGUAGUUGAUUGUGUUGAAGGUGUUUGUGUACAGACAAACACAGUGAUUCGACAAGCCGCAGCCGAUGGGUUACAUUUAGUGUUAGUCAUUAACAAAAUCGACCGACUUGUUUUCGAAAAGAGUUUUUCGAUUGAUGAAGCGACCAGUCACCUUGAAAUUUUAUUGGCGUCAAUUAACAAAAUCACUUCUCUUGUUACUGAUCAGAGUGGUUUAGUCUUUGGGGAGAAUUACUUUGACCCAAUUAAAGGGAAUGUAGUCUUUGCGAGUGCGAUAGAUGGAUGGGGGUUUGACCUUGAAAUGAUUUCGACCAUAUAUUCCAAACGGUUUGGGAUGAAAACAGACGCGUUGAAGUCGUUAAUGUGGGGGGAACAUUACAUUAACAUGAAAACUGGUAAGACGUAUAAAACACAAGUAGAGAACACUGUGAAGUGUUUCAGUUACUUAGCUUUAAGACCGGUGUGGGAAAUCUACACCGUCGUCAAACAAUAUUUUGACAAAGAAACACAUGACAAAGCUCUGGCCAAAAUUCAAGUGAUGGUGAAGUCUUUAAAUCUCAACAUCAGUGCCAGAGAAUUAGAAAUCCACGAAGAAAAGUCGUUUUUGUUUUCGAUGAUGAGUGGGUUCUUACCCGUAGCAAAAAGUAUUUUGUCGAUGGUGAUCACACACCUCCCGUCUCCUCUUGUUGCUCAGAAAACUCGAUUAUUGAAGUUGUGUCAUCCCAAUUCCAAUUACUUAAAGAAAGAGAUUGAGUUAUGUGCCAAAGACACGGCUCAAACUGUUCUAUAUUCCGGAAAGGUCUUUCCGUUUCAUAAUCAGAUGAUAGCGAUGUGUCGAGUGUUUUGUGGAGUUGUCAAGAAUGGUGACAAACUCUAUAUUUUGCCUCCAAAGUAUAUCCCGACCGACGACGAAAGUGUCAAUACCACAAUUAACACAUUUACAGUCGAGAAAUUGUAUUUGUUGAUGGGGCAAACAGUUCAAGAAAUGGAGGAAGUACCGGCCGGGUCUAUUGUAGGUAUUCCAGUGAAUGAAACUCAAGUCUUUAAAGCCGCUACGUUGUCGACGACAUUAAAAUGUUCACCUUUAAUGCCAUUAGUCUCCAGUGGGGCCAAACCGAUUCUUCCCGUUGCCAUUGAGCCAGUUAAAAUUGAAGAUAUGGAACGUUUGAAAAUGGGGUUGCACUUAUUAACAUUGUCCGAUCCAUCAGUUGAUACGACAGUGAAAGACACCGGAGAAAUUGUGUUGUACACAACAGGCGAAUUGCAUUUGGAACGAUGCGUGAAAGACUUGAAAGAGAUCUUUGCGAAGGUACCGUUUAACACGACGGAUCCUCUUGUAACGUACAAAGAAACUGUUCUUGGGAAGAGUCCGAGUGUUGAAAUUGGGACAUUAAGUGGCAAUGUGACUUUCAAGAUGACCAAUUUUGGCUUAAAAGACACGAACGUCGUUCUGGUCGAUGGAUUUUUAGACCAACUCCGUUCAAUGAGUGAUGAAGAAAAUGAGAACAAGAUUGUAAUAUGUGGAAAGAUCGCAAAGAUAAUCGAGGAAGAAAACAUCAAAGGGAAGAUCAUCGCCUUUGGGCCUGGGAAGAUCGGGAACAACAUCUUAGUCAAUAAGACUCCAAUUGACUUUGGCGAGUGGCCUAAUGUUGUUACUUGUGAAACUGAAAAGAGAGUAGCCACUGUGUAUGAUGGAAUGAUUUCGGCGUUUGAAGAAGUGACACGAAAAGGGCCGAUGUGUGAUGAAGAGAUGGAGGGUGUUGUCUUUGUCCUUGAAAGGCUUGUUUUCGCCGACAGCGAAACACCGAUCACGACAAAUGAAGUCAAAGAAGCGAUUACUACUGCUAUGAUUGAAUCAUUUGAAAAGGGGAAGAGAAGAAUGAAAGAACCCGUCUAUUACUGUGAAGUCCGAGCACCUUCGGAAGUCGUUGGGAAAGUCUUUCAAGUGCUUGACAAACGACGAGCAAAAAUCCUUGAAGACGAUUACGAUGAAACCCAAAAUUUAUAUGUUGUCAAGUCACAACUUCCUGUCGUCGAGUCCUUUGGCUUUACUACUGACAUCCUUGGACAAACUUCCGGCUCUGCAUUAUCGCAAACAAAAUUCGAUUGUUUUGUGACCAUGGCAAUGGAUCCAUAUUGGACCCCGAAAACUGCGGAUGAGUUAGAAGAAUUUGGCGAGAAAGCCGAUGUGAAGAACAUUGCAAAAAUGGCGAUGGAAAAUACACGGAAGAGAAAAGGGUUAGUUGUCGACAACAUCGAUGCUUUGAUUGAUUUAUAA